AUGUAUCCUGAAGGAGAAUCACCAGAUACUUCUCGGCAUUCACCAUGCUUACAAACCACGCCCAACCGGGGGCUUGAAUGCCAGAAUAAGCUACAUAAUCUGGUCAAAUCUUCCUCCUUCCAGCAUUCACAGAAGGCUAUUCGCUGUACACUGUACGAUGGGGACGCGCUGUACUUGACACCAUGGACUCCUUCGUACAGCAUUAUCACUCAAGGACCAGGCGUUCCAGUUGAGGAGCAUGUUACGCUUGGCGAUCUGGAAGAGCCUCACCCUAAAUCACCUUGGACGUCUUCUUACUCGGUGACCGUACAAGGCAACGUUGCUCAGGCCAAUGAGGGACUUGAUGACUUGGAACAGCUUCCUCCGAGUGCCACCCAGUCUGUUGCAGCGGAGGGAGUUGAAGAGCAACCUGUUCCGUUUGUAGAAGAGGCUCUCAUUUCUAGCGAGGCAUUCACUCCUGUGGAGGAAGUGUUCGAGGAGGAAAUUGAACGUGGGUCAUUCAUCGUUGAGGAUGAGAGUUUGCAAUUGGGUACUAUCGACCCUGGCGAAGAGCGCAGUAGUUCUCCCUGGACACCGUCCUACUCAGUAUCUGCAGUUGAACCAGCAUCUGCGCUUGAGGAUCAAGCAGUCGCUGAGGAUGACGAGUUUGUUGAACAUGGCUCAUUUAUCAUUGAGACCCAAUCAUCUGAUUUGGUAGAAGAUGCUCAGGUCAAAUCGGACUUGGGGCUUCUGUGA